CUGGAUGUAGAGUAUAUUAAAAGCUUACCAGGUUUAUUGAAAGUUGCUGAAAUUGUAAGUAUCAAAACUUAUGUCCUAAAAAACACAAUAAUACUGUUUACAUCACUGAUGUAACAGUUUUGAAAAAACUGCUAUAAUGCCAUUUUACAGCAGAUCAUAGGGUCAAGCAAGAAGCAAGACAAGACACCUGCAUUCAUCUAGAUUUUAAUGAUUAUGUAUAGUUGGCAGAAGCUAUGCACUUGAGUGCUCUGCUUCUCGGGAGUCUGAAAAAUUAUGCUAAAAAUACAGUUGAACCUUCGCUUAGCAGUCACCCUUAGGAAUACAGGCAAUUGGUCGCUUAAUGGAGGUUAGCCACUUAGUAGAGGUUCGUCAUAAUUAAGGCAUAAUUUUUAGCAGAAAUAUCACUUUGUUUUGGAACAAACAGACGAUGGGUUCAGCAUUACUGGUCCACAAUCAGAUGUCACCUUCUAUAUAUCUUGCUCUGUAUUUUCCUUCAUUAUAUUUUCAAAAUAAAGCCAUUUAAACUAAUUGUAUCAAGUGCUUAAUGGCGACUUAAUAAAGUUGACAACAAUAGUAGAAUUUUUUUUAGGAUGGCCAGUCGGUGGCUAGCUGCGACCACCUUGAUGGAGAUGCUUGCUUAUAUAGUAGAGGGCUAAUUAUUGUACAAUAUUAUUCCUUUCUACAAAGUUUUCAGGACUUUGAUUACUGGUUGUUUUAUAGAGGGUGGCUGCUAAAUGGAUCAGGUUCAACAGUAACUGUCAUGUAUAACCAGCAGUGAUUCUGUUAUCUUUCAGCUUUGUCUCCUUAUUGCUUUUGCCUCACUUUCUGGAUUUACUUUACACUUCAAAGAUGAGUUGUAUGGUGGCAGAUUUGAUUUCUUUUACUUCGCGACUAUUACACCAUGGUUACUGGUCAUCAUAAUUUAUGUACUUUUUGCGUUGAGGCUGCAUGAGAGACUUGCCAAUAUCAACUGGGACUUUGUUGUAAGUACAAGUGAGAUUAAAAGUUUCAUUUGGUCAUGUCUUUAUUAUGAAAAAAUACAUGCUAAACUAUCAACUCAAAUUUCACUUGACCAAGCCAAAAAACAGUAAGAAUUAAAAAGCUUAGUGAGUCAACACCUUAUUAAAAAUAGUUUGUAUUUGAAUACUUUUUGUUAUUAAAAUACAUGGCAUUUGUACAUUAAUUUUAAAACUUAAUGAAUGGUCAUAUGUUUCCAACAGAUGACCAUUUUCUCCCCUGUCGUGGCAUUUUUGUUACUUGUUUCUUCCGCACUUGUCCUGGAUGCCGCCAUUUAUUUUAGACGAAAUGAAAAGGAGUUCAAGGAUGGAGUUUUCGUGAUUUGUGAAAAAGAACCUUGUGGCAAUGUUGAAGCAGCUGGA